ACAGUUCCUUUUUCUAUAAUGGUUCGCGUUUCUAUUUUUGUUGCAUCUUUAUUAGCACUAUUACAGUAUGCGUAUGGCUCCGAGAAAGUGUAUUACCGCGAGACCUUAAAGGAAGCGCUCACAGGAUUUGAAACGGAGCAUACUCGUGAUCCUUAUGAGUCAUCGGAACAGUUACACACCCACAAAGAAUCUGGAAAAACACAAAGAGCCCACAAAACGACCCAAUGUUGUACCAUCGAUGCAACAUCGCAUUUGAAUGAAAACGCAUCAUUUAUACGGGAAUGCCAUAACCGGACACUCGCGAGGCACAACUUUACUAAGUACCGCCUGUCGCCGGGAGAUCGAAAUUCAACAGAAUUUAAAAUGAAACUGCAGACCUUCGAAAGUUACGCAUUGUGCUAUGUACAGUGUAUGCUACAAAAGUAUGACGCGGUCAAUAAAGAGGGAAUGAUUACUCUCGAUGGAAUUGCCAACUUCUUCUCUCUCAUCUACAAUGGUACAUGGGUAACACCGUUUACUAAGUCAAUUGCCAACACGUGCUUCCAGCAAGUUCGUCAGCAAUCCCUCGAGUAUGUCCGUGCAAAAAAUAUAACGACGUGCAACCCCGCUUUGAUAAGUUUACACAACUGUACCCUCAGGGAAGUUCAACUGAGUUGUCCGGCAAAAUAUAUAGGAAACGUUACAGCUUGCGAGCUUUUAAAGAAGCAAAAAACUUAAAUUUUUGCCACAGUAAAGCUUCUGUUAAAGAAUUCUAUUAUGUAUAAAGGAUUUUACCCACAAUCCUCAUAAAACCUUCGUUUUCAUGCCUACUUUAUGUCAGGAAAUUUUAGUUUCCAUAACAGAGACAGACCAGGCAACUUUUCCUGUCGCCUGUCACUUUACCUGUCGCACCUGUCCUGGUAAAAUUUGUAAUAUUCAGACUAUGCCCCUGAUUCGUAUAUAUAAUUACAUAAACAUGUUAAUUCCUUCAUUCCUUCUUCCCGAAGACACCUUAAUAUCACCACUGGAAUUCCAUUGUCAGGACAACUGAUUCUUCGGUUUCCAACUCCAAUUGUCUUGGUGUUUCAUGUGUUUUAUAGAGAUAUACCACUGUUUCCAUCGAGUUCCUUUCUUCUGUCAGUAUGUUUCCAUGCCUGUUUUCCACCUCUAUGCUACAAACAGCUCUUGAUGGUCUAUCCCAGGUAACCUCUUGACUCCUAUUGUAAUUAAUAUUGUGCCUUCCCAUCCAACUGAGAUUUUCUAUUUCAUUACAUUGAUUGGAUUUUCAUCAGUUUCUUUUCUCAUAACAUUUCGCCUCCGAUAUUGUCUCCUUUUGUAUACUUCUUCUACUUCCUUAUCCUCAUGGUCAGUGGCUGUCAUGGACACUUGGAUCACUAACACUUACUUUGGCACAGGGUUUAGCUUUAGAGCCAUCACUCUAUCACGGCCAUAAAUUACUUUGGUUACAAACCUACUCUUUUUUUUACUGUUCCUGUCCCUUUCAUCUUGUUUCACUUACUUCAACUAAAUCGAGUCUAUUUUUAAUAAUUUCUCGCCGUAGAUUUUCAAGCUUUUCCUCUUUCAGUUCUAACGUUCCAAGUCCCCAUCCAAUUUACCUUUUUCCUUCUCCUCAUUUUUUUCUCUUCGUAUACGGUCCACCCCGGAGAUCCGAAUUGGGCACUAUUUAACACUGGAAAGUUUAAUAUUCGGAGAACCCAUAUUUCUUUUCAUCCAUUUCUGGCACAUCUCAAGGGAUACCCUGAGGAUUUAAUGGAGUGGUUUUCCCUGGCCUCGAAGAAUUUUUCCGCCUGUCAAAUGAUUUUACUUCCUGGACAACAGGGUGUCCUGAACCCGUACCCGCUCAUCCGCCCUCCUAGAAGCCGUUAGCACUCGGUACAGGGCUGACUUCCCUUGGUCGGCAUCAUCAUUAGUGCAAACAGGCCAUACCACGGGAAGGUAUGAGGUCGCCAUUGUCAUUAUUGUGAUCAGGAUUCUUUCUGGUUAAAAUGAUCUAUGAUUACAUUAUAUUAACACCCGCACGUAGGUAAGGCAGGUAUGUAUUGCAUUGUGAUAAAAAAUGACCCACUUUUUUUGACGAAAAUUUGUUUUGAAACCAGGAAGCCGAAUCAAACUAACUAUUGAUGAAGUCAGUCCGUCUGUACUCUCAUUUUUGGCUACACGACUGAACCGAUUGGAACCAAAUUUGGUACACAUAUUCUUAGACAUAAAAGAGCAGAAUUGCGCAUGUGCAGGUGGU